AUGAACUCCAGGUCGCUCAGGCGCCUUGCUGGCGACCACGCUUCUCUGCACACAGCCGGCCUGCCGCCCCACUACCUGUUCCCUCCCAACGCCGACGCCGCGGCCGACCUCACUUCCCUCGACGUCCUCCUGUCGGGCCCUGUCGGCACGCCGUACGUGGGCGGCGUGUGGCGACUGCACCUGGACAUACCGCCCACCUACCCCACAGCCGCUCCCACCGCUUUCUUCCGCACAAGGUGCUGGCAUCCCAACGUCGACGAGGCCACGGGCGCCGUCUGCGUGGAGACACUCAAGCGAGACUGGAGCAGCACGCUCAAGCUACGCGACGUACUGGUCACGAUAUCAUGCUUGCUCAUUCAGCCCAACCCUGCGAGUGCCCUCAAUGAAGAAGCCGGCAAGCUCGCGAACGAGGACUGGGCUGGCUUCUGUCGCCGAGCGAAGCUCAUGACCGAGAUCCAUGCUGCCGUUCCGAGCCACCUGGCGGAGGAGGUCCGGGACGCCCAGAUGCGCGGCGAAGACAAACACGCCGAACCGCCACAGAAGCAGUCGAAGCUUGAGUCUCGCAGCAAGGGCAAGGAGCGGGUCAAGGCCACGCCUACGGCGCCCUCCAAAGCCCAACGCGCACCGCUUGUCGAAGACGAGGAGAACGCACAGCGCCAAGGGCGUACAGCAGAACCAGAGAGCGAUGAGAGCGACUGGAUACCGCGCCCCAACAGGUCGCCCAAGAAAGCUCCCGGUCCUAGGCAAGAGAGCAACAUCCUUGGCAUUCGCGGUCUGGAUCCCAGUGUAGCACUCGACGAUGCCUCCAAGCGGAUCCCUCCUGUUGAUUCACAAACAGAGGGGCUAGUCGCCCCAGAGUUGGAGAAUACUGAUCCCUUCACGACUGUGACUUCAAAGCGCACGGCACAUGCACAGACCUCCUUCGUGUUACCUAUAUCACCAAAUCUGACGACAUCGCAUCCAACCCAAACUACUACCCUAACCCCGGAGCGCCUCAAGUUCUCACAUCACAACCCAUUCGCGGCCAUACAACCGAACAAGCAAAGCCACCCCCUUUUCAAGGAGUUUUCUUGCUCGUGGAUGGACUCGGGAAGGUUGCAUGGAGGUGGUCUGGCCAAGGACGGAGGAAGCCAAGAUGGGACGAGAAAACGGGUAGCGGGCGAGGACUUGGAAAAGAGGAGGAGAUGGGAGAUGAAGCGCUUUGCGAAAGCUGGGUGUGAACUGAAGAGAUACAAUCGUGGAGAUUUUGGACCUCGAACUGGGAUCGGGCGACUUUGA